AUGGAUCCCGACAGUUUCAAAGAUUUCGCCAAAGAAAUGGCGGAAUUCAUCACCAACUACUUGGAAAACAUCCGCGACCGGCCAGUGCUACCUACGGUAAAACCUGGCUACAUACAGCCUUUGCUGCCAGCAAGUGCACCACAGACUCCGGACAAGUGGGAAGAAGUUAUGAACGACAUCGAGAGAGUAAUAAUGCCCGGGGUAACUCAUUGGCAUAGUCCAAGGUUCCAUGCUUAUUUCCCAACGGCACAAUCGUAUCCUUCUAUUGUUGCUGAUAUGCUAAGUGGCGCUAUCGCUUGCAUCGGUUUUACUUGGAUCGCAAGUCCAGCAUGCACAGAGCUAGAAGUGGUAAUGUUAGAUUGGCUUGGAAAAAUGCUAGACCUCCCGAAAGAGUUCCUCGCAUGCAGUGGUGGCAAAGGCGGAGGCGUGAUCCAAGGGACCGCCAGCGAAGCCACUUUAGUAGCCCUUUUAGGUGCCAAGGCAAAAAAAAUCCGGCAGGUCAAACAAGAGCAUCCCGAGUGGACUGACAACGAGAUUGUAGGAAAACUUGUUGCCUAUUGUUCACGUCAAGCUCACAGUUCCGUGGAACGUGCAGGAUUACUCGGCGGUGUACAGUUCCAUCAACUGGAUGUCGACUCAAAAUCCAGCUUACGAGGAAAUACUCUCGCUGAAGCCAUUAUUCAGGAUCAAGAAAAGGGUCUUAUACCAUUUUAUAUCGUAGCAACUCUUGGAACAACUUGUUGCUGUGCAUUUGAUAACUUGGACGAACUUGGUAUCGUUGCUAAUCGUGAGAAUGUUUGGCUACAUGUUGAUGCUGCUUAUGCUGGAUCUGCAUUCAUCUGUCCUGAGUUCCGGUACCUGAUGAAAGGAAUCGAGCGAACAGACUCAUUUAAUUUCAACCCGCAUAAAUGGAUGCUGGUAAACUUCGAUUGUUCUACAAUGUGGUUGAAAGAUCCGACUAAUGUGAUCAAUGCGUUCAACGUCGAUCCUUUGUACUUGAAACAUGAUAUGCAAGGGUCAGCACCUGAUUACAGACACUGGCAAAUACCACUGGGCAGAAGAUUCCGCGCAUUGAAGCUGUGGUUCGUUUUACGACUAUACGGCGUGGAGAAUCUCCAGAAGUUCAUCCGCAAGCACGUGGAUCAAGCCCACGAGUUCGAAGCUCUGGUACUUUCAGACGCGCGCUUUGAAAUCACCUCUGAAGUGAUUCUUGGAUUAGUUUGCUUCCGGCUCAAGGGAUCCAAUGAGCUGAAUGAGACCUUGCUGAAAAGAAUAAACGGUGCCGGCAACAUUCAUCUGGUACCGUCAAAGUGCUCCGACAUUUUCUUCCUACGCUUCGCGGUCUGCUCGCGGUUCAGCGAAAGCAAAGACAUCCAGUACUCCUGGCAAGAGAUCAAGCGGAUUGCAGAUCAACUUCUUGAUGAGCAAUCGCUUACAAAGUGA